AUGGAUUUCACAUUCGGUAACGAUGUUCCUAGGCGAGCGCCGUCACGAAAUAAUUGUCGACAGCCGGCGCUUGAGUACUUCGGACCGACGCUGCAGGAACUCGGAGCUUAUCCGUCGCACGAAGGUCGACACGAUCGAACCAAAACCAUCACCGUCGUGGACUUGGAGUUGUCCGAGCGGGAGAGUGUGGGUUAUCUAGACGCAUCAAGCGCCUCUUCUCAACAGCGUCGCGGUUUCCACCACCGAGUUAACUCCUCUAACCGUCCGUCCUUUGCUCUCUUCACGGAUCCGCUGCAAGCUGACAGAGCUACCGAGAUUCGUCUUUUCAGCUUUGCAAGACCUCACAUGCGAGCAUUUCACUUGGCUUGGUUAUCCUUCUUCGUCGCUUUCUUCGGCUGGUUCUCAAUCCCUCCAUUGAUGCCUACGAUCAAGGAACAGCUUAAGCUAACACAGGCUCAAGUCGACAAUUCAAACAUCAUUUCGCUGGCGAGUACUAUGGUGGGAAGACUACUAAUUGGCUCUCUAUGCGAUCGGUGUGGAGCUCGUAGUAUUCAAGCUGCACUGUUGGUAAUCGGGGCAAUCCCCGUGGCAUCCGCUGCCUUGGCAUUUGACUACGUCGGCUUCAUGUUUGUGCGCUUUUUCAUCGGACUUGUAGGCUGCACCUUUGUAUCUACUACGUACUGGACAUCAACAAUGUUCUCGAAAGAAGUUGUGGGAAGUGCCAACGCGGUUGCUGCUGGCUGGGGAAAUCUAGGAGCUGGUGCGACGUACCUUAUCACUCCGUUACUGUUUGACCUCAUAACAGUGCAAGGUGGCAUGUCGGACAACUCGGGCUGGCGGGUUACGCUCUUGCUCCCAGCUUUUCUGAUGCUAAUCGUUGGGAUUUGCACCUAUUUCUUCUCAGACGAUUGUCCACAAGGAAACUAUGUUGAGUUGAAGAAGACUCACGCGAUGGCAGACAAACCUAAAGCUGCCAUGCUUCGAGCGUUUAUUACUGUAGCAAGACAGCCUGUUGCUUGGAUACUAGCCUUCCAGUAUGCAUGUAGCUUAGGUGUGCAGAUACAAGUCCACAAUGUGUUGAGUCUGUAUUACUUCGAGGAUUUCAGACGCUUCGACUGUGACCCUACCAUCGACGAAGACAACUGUCGUCUACUAACCCAAACAAAAGCCAGUCUCAUCUCGUCCUGCUUCGGCCUAAUGUGCAUCUUUGCGCGUGCUAUCGGUGGAUACAUCUCGGAUAUAGGCAAUCGCCAUUGGGAUAUGAAGGGCCGGAUCUCGACUCAACUGGUUUGCCUCACCGGCCAAGCCAUUUUUCUAUACGUGUACAGCCACAUCCGGGGUGUGGAAUGGAGUGUUCCCUGUUUGAUUGCGUUCGGCUUCUUCGCGCAGGCUUCGACUGGCACAACGUAUGGAAUUGUGCCGUACAUUUGCCCGGAUUACACAGGUGUGACCUCUGGAAUUGUGGGCGCUGGAGGGAAUGUGGGAGGACUCAUGUGGGGACUUUUAUUCAAGAUCGUCGAGGAACGCGCUUUGUCAUUCCGAUAUUUGAGCUUCUUCGUCAUGAGCUCCGCCAUUUUGUCGGUUUGUAUUCGUGUGAAAGACGAGCGUUCGAUAUGGAGUCAUGAACCCUCCAGGUAUUCGCGCCGGCGUACGGAACAAACUGUGCAAGCUUUUUACGUGUGA